AUGGGCUUUUGCUAUCCGUACCGUUUCCGGGAACGGAUUAAUUUCGGAAAUCGAGAGAUCGCUGUACGAGUGGGGUGUCCUGUUUCAGCACACAGUGAGAAGUGGGUUCGACGGUCAAUAUUUUGCGAACAGCUCGUUUCUCUGAGAGCCAGUAUUAAUAGAACAGGCUACUGCUCUGGUGAGACGGUCCCCAUCUGUGCAAAGUUUGAGAACUAUUCCUCAUGCUUCGUUGUGCCAAAGGCCUGUAUUUACCAGACUCAGACCUUCCUUGCCAAAGGCAAAAGUAAAACAUACAAGCAGGAAGUAGCGAGCGUGAGGGGCAUUCCCAUCCCUCCGUUCAAGACUCAGAGGUGGAACCCAAACGAACUGAAGAUCCCGUCCAUCACAGCCUCCAUCCUCAACUCCACGAUCAUCCGUGUGGAAUAUUCUUUAGUUACGUUGCUUGAAAUUCCAGACUCAGGUUUGGCUGUGGAUCUUCCAAUAGUCAUUGGUACCAUACCUAUUCAGCAGUCUGGAUAUGGUACCGGCUCGAACGCGAGUGGCCAGUACAGCGCGGACCUGAGCCCGCUCACACUAGCGCUGCCCCAGCCCCUCAAAGCCCCUCCCACCUAUGAAGGGACAGUGUCCGGAAGGGAGUGCGAGCCACAUGCUGCUUCUGCCAGCCACUUGGAAAAGCUGGAGAGAGAGUUUGGAGGACAGCUGUUUUCUUACAUCGAGGGAAUGAGGUUUCAGCCUCCACCGCGGUUCUCUGAAGUAGGGCUGUUUGCUGCAGAGCUCCAGCCGGAUGUGCGAAGGGGAAACGGAGUUCUGCUCUGUCGGCAGUUGAAGAGAACCGACGACAACUGCCCAACCAUUAUUAACCAUUAUUAUUAACCGUUAUUAACUACUAUUUACCUGACAUCAAUGUAACUUGCAAUGCUAGGUUACUCAUUUACUCAGCUGGGUCAUUUUUAAAGCUUCUUGCUGCUCCAGAAUUUAGUUCCAUGCAACAAAACAAAUGGACAUUUAAGAAGAAAAAAUUAUGCUUAUUCAUGUUAAUCUUAUGCCUUUGUCCAUAACUUAAAAUGAUAGGUGUCUAUACUAAACAAGUACCUUCAGCCAUACAUACAGGUGUAUACAUUUUAUUAUUUCAAUUAAGGCUAAGUACCUGGAUCAAGGGGACUACGAGCGAUACGAACCCACAGCCUUCUGACUGCAGCGACAGCUUUAACUGUUAUGUUACCUACUGAGAAACAACAUCCUGGAUCAAGAGGACUACAGAGGAUUUGAACUCACCGUCCUCUGACUGCACUAUGGGAACAUUGACCAUUUUCCCACCUACUGAAAAAACAACCUGGAUCAAGGAGAAUAUAAGCGGUUUGCACCUGCAACCUCGAGACUGCAUGCCGGCAGCUUUUAACCAUUGUCACCUAGUGUCCCUGACAAAGGAGCAGACAGCAAGGAUGAAGCACAGCAGCCAGUAACAUAAGACAUUGUGUGCUUUGGUUUCCCAUAGCUGCCCGGAUCAAAUUUAAGACCCUGGUUAUCGUCUACAAAUGUAUCAAUAGAACUGCUCCCAGCUAUUUAGACGACUUGAUCAACCGCAUCACCCCAACCAGAGUGAUUUCUACUUCUGCUCGCUUGGUGGUUCCACGGACGAAAGGUAA